UGCUGUCACGACUGUCUGCUCCAACUCCAAUCCAGAGGUAAACAUGGCGUUGAAGGUGCUGAAGGGAAUGGUCAGCGGAGCUGUUAACGAGCUCUCAUCAGCCGUUACCGGCAACAAGACGGCUGCCUCCCGGGAGCAAGUCCUGGCCGUUAAACGCGACUACAUCUCCCAGCCGCGCCUGACCUAUAAGACAGUGUCUGGAGUCAACGGGCCUCUCGUGAUUCUGGACCAGGUGAAGUUCCCCAGGUAUGCAGAGAUCGUCCACCUGACCCUGCCAGAUGGAACCAAGAGGAGUGGCCAGGUGUUGGAGGUUACAGGGUCUAAAGCCGUGGUGCAGGUGUUUGAGGGGACAUCAGGUAUUGAUGCUAAGAAGACCAGCUGUGAGUUUACAGGAGACAUCCUACGCACCCCUGUCUCUGAAGAUAUGCUGGGUCGCGUGUUUAAUGGAUCAGGCAAGCCCAUCGACAAAGGCCCCACGGUGAUGGCAGAAGAAUACCUGGACAUCAUGGGCCAGCCUAUCAACCCUCAGUGUCGUAUCUACCCGGAGGAGAUGAUCCAGACAGGGAUCUCUGCUAUAGACGGCAUGAACAGCAUCGCUAGGGGGCAGAAAAUACCCAUUUUCUCUGCUGCAGGACUGCCACACAACGAGAUAGCGGCUCAGAUCUGUCGUCAGGCAGGCCUGGUGAGGAAGUCUAAAGAUGUGAUGGACUACAGUGAUGACAACUUCGCUAUCGUCUUCGCCGCAAUGGGGGUCAACAUGGAGACAGCUCGGUUCUUCAAGUCAGACUUUGAGGAGAAUGGUUCCAUGGACAACGUCUGUCUGUUCCUCAACCUGGCCAACGACCCCACUAUAGAGCGUAUCAUCACGCCCCGCCUAGCUCUGACAUCAGCAGAGUAUCUGGCCUACCAGUGUGAGAAGCACGUCCUGGUCAUCCUGACUGACAUGAGCUCCUACGCAGAGGCGCUACGAGAGGUCUCAGCGGCCAGAGAGGAGGUCCCAGGUCGUCGUGGUUUCCCAGGCUACAUGUACACUGACCUUGCCACCAUCUACGAGAGAGCUGGUCGGGUGGAGGGACGCAAUGGCUCUAUCACCCAGAUCCCUAUACUAACUAUGCCCAACGAUGACAUCACUCACCCCAUCCCUGAUUUGACAGGGUACAUCACUGAGGGACAGAUCUACGUGGACAGACAACUGCACAACAGACAGAUCUAUCCUCCCAUCAAUGUUCUGCCAUCACUGUCUCGUCUGAUGAAGUCAGCCAUCGGAGAGGGGAUGACACGCAAAGACCACUCUGAUGUCUCCAACCAGCUGUAUGCGUGUUAUGCUAUAGGUAAGGACGUGCAGGCGAUGAAGGCUGUGGUAGGAGAGGAGGCUCUGACGCCUGAUGAUCUUCUCUACCUGGAGUUCCUACAGAAGUUUGAGAAGAACUUCAUCGCCCAGGGAGCCUAUGAGAACAGGACUGUGUUUGAGACACUGGAUAUCGGCUGGCAGCUGAUGAGAAUCUUCCCCAAAGAGAUGCUGAAGAGAAUCCCUCAGAGCACGCUGGCAGAGUUCUACCCCCGCUUGAAGUAAUGAUGACAAACAUAGGGAUGCAUAGUGACACACACAACUCUAACCCUUCGCUCUUGCUCGGCCUCUUUGUAAAUGGUGUUGCUGUUGUAACAUUGCCAGUAGCUUCUGUACUGUACGCAUUAUCAUAGGCUAGUACUGAUACUGUCACACACAGAGGCAACCCCUUACCCGAACAGAUAGACCCGUAAAAGUAGAAGAUGCAGAAGAUAUUGACAGUGCUUUCCAAGCCAGAGAGGUUCUCUCUGACCAGCAGAGCCAAAUAGCCUGGUAAUAGGGUCUGGGAUUUUCCCUGGUCAGAUCACAUGAUCAGGAAAAUCUCCUGGCCUCAGGCUGUUAGAUGUAUUGGAUGGACAGAUGGACGGAAAGGGAGCUGGAUGAAUAGUGAAUGGUCUGUUAUAAGUCAGAGGGAUGGGGUAUUUUUAACAGGAUGUGUAGGUGUACUUUAGGUGUACUGUAGGUGUACUGUAGGUGUACUGUAGGUGUAGACUAGUGAAUAUGCAGUGAUGAUGCAUGUUAUAAGUCAGAGGGAUGGGGUAUUUUUAACAGGAUGUGUAGGUGUACUGUAGGUGUACUGUAGGUGUACUGUAGGUGUACUGUAGGUGUAGACUAGUGAAUAUGCAGUGAUGAUGCAUGUUAUAAGUCAGAGGGAUGGGGUAUUUUUAACAGGAUGUGUAGGUGUACUGUAGGUGUACUGUAGGUGUACUGUAGGUGUACUGUAGGUGUACUUUAGGUGUACUGUAGGUGUACUGUAGGUGUAGACUAGUGAAUAUGCAGUGAUGAUGCAUGUUAUAAGUCAGAGGGAUGGGGUAUUUUUAACAGGAUGUGUAGGUGUACUGUAGGUGUACUGUAGGUGUAGACUAGUGAAUAUGCAGUGAUGAUGCAUGUGUAUGAAAGAUGGGCUCAAGGCUAACAGCCUAUUUCACUCACAUAUGAUUGUUUACGUUUCUAAUGGCCUUUUGUUACGACCAUAUAAGUUGCCUGUGUGUUGCUCCUAGUAUCAUUUGCAUAGAUCAGUGCCGUUGCCGCGCCGAGUUAACCCAAAAGCUCCCUGAAUUCAUUGAACUAAAGCCAGAGAUACAACACACAAACUGCAACCCCUUUUGCUGUCAGAACAGCCUCAGUUCGUCAGGGCGUGGACGACAAGGUGUCGAAAGCGUUCCACGGGGACGCCGGCCCAUGUUGACUCCAAUGCUUCCCACAGUCGUGUCAAGUUGUCCGGAUGUCCUUUGGGUGGCGGACCAUUCUUGACACACACGGGGAAACUGUUGAGCAUGAAAAACCCAGCAGCAUUGCAGUUCUUUAAACACUCAGACCGGUGCUCCUGGCACUUACUACCGUACCCCGUUCAAAGGCACUUAAAUCUUGUGUCUUGCCCAUUCACCCUCUGGAUGUCAAUUGUCUCAAGACUUAAAAAUCAUCCUUUUUUAACCUGAAUCUUCCCCUAAAUCAACAGUUAUUGAAGUGAAUUUAACAAGUGUCAUCAAUAAGGGAUCAUAGCUUUCACCCGGAUUCACAUGGUCAGUCUGUGUCAUGGAAAGAAGCAGGUGUUCCUAAUGUUUUGUACGCUCAGUGUAUAUGUUUCGUCUAUAUAUUUCUCUCUAUUUCUCUAUUGUAGCUGCUCCGUCGACACGCUGUGGUUUAGUGAUGACAAUGUUGUUAUUUAUGGUGAAGACUUCUAGAGUAGACAGAUGUACUGUACUUAUGUAUGUGUUCCUCCUAUAUCUUUUGGUAAAUGUUCGGGAUUUAUGGUUAGUGUUGUUUUGGUCUAAAUGCAGGCAUGACUGCUCAGCUUUCUGGGGUGUGUCUGUGCAAUAAAGGAAUACACGCUG